GAAUGCCUUGAAAAAUAUUAUUUUGAUCCUUCUGAAGAAAAUAAAAAAAUCAUUAAAUUAGCAGAAUCAAAACGCCAAGAGAUAAUUAAAUCAGAAAAAUAUCUUUCAGAAGCAAAGAAUUAUAAACACCAUUUGGAUGCAUUCUAUACAAGUUGCUCAAUUAGUAAGUUAAUUGAGCAGGCUAAUAAUGAACUGGCUAAUAUAUCAAUGGAUGAUGAUGAUGAUUCAUCAAAUAAAAAAAUUCAACCAAAUAGUUUAAUUGAAUAUAAUUUUGAUAAAUUGGGCUUAGAAGAUUAUGAAGAAAAUGAAUUAGUUCAUGAUUUGUUUUAUGAUUAUGAAAUUUAUGCUUAUCUUGUAGACAAAAACUUAAGAUCUUUAUCCGAUGCACUUGAGAUUGAAGAGGGAUUUAAAUCAUCACCUUCAAAGCAAAUCAUUAAAUGA